GAACGGUUUCCAAAUGGUCCUUUACACCUCUGCCUCCCACCCCACUCUAGCCCAGGAUGACAGAUUUUCCUCGUGCAAUUUCAAAUUUGCAAGGGAAUCUUGAAUAUUUUUUGGUAAUGAGAGAGGGUAGAUUAUAUGUCCUAAUCCCAGACUAAUCAGAUUAACAGCAACUUGGGGACAUUCAGUACCAGGAACUGUUUUAGGUGCUGUGGAGAGAAGAGUUAAAAAUGAAACAAAAAUUAUUGCCUUCAUGAGCCUUACAUUAGUGGACAGAGUCCAAAAAAAAAAAGUGACAACGUAAUGCGCUACUGCGACACAAAGCAAAGCAAGGUGGGCAAGCAACACCAGUUCUUUAUUCCCGCACGCAACAAUCCCCAAGUAGCUCUUCCGGGUCACUGCCGGCUUCACGGGCUCCAGACUCCGCCCAUGGCCCGUCCUUCAGGCCUUGACUCCGCCCACGCAUCAACGUAGAAUUUCCCGGCCGGGCCCCAUGAAGUGCCGCCCACCCGCGACGCCGACGCGAGGCUGCUGCUAUGGGGCCGGGCGGCCGUGUGGCGCGGCUGCUUGCGCCACUAAUGUGGCGCAGGGCGGUUUCCUCGGUGGCGGGGUCCGCGGUUAGAACUGAGCCCGGGCUUCGGCUGCUGGCCGUGCAGCGGCUUCCCGUAGGAGCAGCGUUCUGCCGGGCUUGCCAGACCCCAAACUUUGUCCGCGGCCUGCACAGCGAGCCUGGGCUGGAGGAGCGGGCGGAGGGGACAGUCAACGAGGGACGCCCAGAAUCGGACGCGGCAGAUCAUACUGGUCCCAAGUUUGACAUCGAUAUGAUGGUUUCACUUCUGAGGCAAGAAAAUGCAAGAGACAUUUGUGUGAUCCAGGUUCCUCCAGAAAUGAGAUAUACAGAUUACUUUGUGAUUGUUAGUGGAACUUCUACCCGACACUUACAUGCCAUGGCCUUCUACGUUGUGAAAAUGUACAAACACCUGAAAUGUAAACGUGACCCUCAUGUUAAGAUAGAAGGGAAGGACACUGAUGACUGGCUGUGCGUGGAUUUUGGCAGCAUGGUGAUUCAUUUGAUGCUUCCAGAAACCAGAGAAAUCUAUGAAUUAGAGAAAUUAUGGACCCUACGUUCUUAUGAUGACCAGUUAGCUCAGAUAGCACCUGAGACAGUACCUGAAGACUUCAUUCUUGGAAUAGAAGAAGAUGAUACUUCAUCUGUGACUCCAGUGGAGUUAAAAUGUGAAUAAAAUAUUUUAUGCACUGCGUUA